AUGCCAUACAAUAAUCAGAUCGCCGCCCUUCCAUUCGGAUUGGUUUUGAAGUGGUCGGACGGCACGCGGCUUGAAGAAGUGGCGGCAACCUUGAUGGCACGGUCUGCGGGCUUUCCAGUACCAAAGGUCAUCUCAUACGGCGAUCAUCCUAAAUCGCCUCGUGCACCGAUGUCAAUACUCAUGACCCGCAUACCGGGAAAGGACAUGGGUGACCGUGAGUUGUAUGAGAGCAUGACCGAUGACGAACGUGAAAGCAUAUUCGCAGAACUCCAAUGCAUCCUACAAGUCAUGCGGAAAUGGACAUACCCAGGGGGCAAAAACCAGAUCUGUUCUGUGUUGGGUACUGCAAUCAGGAGUGUACGCAUCCCCAAUCAUGCAGACGGACCGUGUCAAUCUGAAUCUGAAUUCGACGAACACCUGUUCAGUUGCAUCUCCGGCCACAGUUUCAACUCCUGGGAGAAGUUCGAAGAGACGGUGGAGAUCGCCGAAAGACUGCGAAAAAUGCGCCACCCCAUUGUUUUUACUCAUGGCGAUUUCAAACAUCACAAUGUUAUGAUUAUGAAUGGCCAUAUCACGGCUUUCUUGGACUGGGAAUCUGCGGGCUGGUAUCCAGACUAUUGGGAGUUUACUACACUGUUGAGAUUUGGCCGGAAAGACCAUUGGUGGAAUAGUGGGUGUGGAGACUGGGCGGUGAAAGAUACGCAGCGGAAUUGGAAAAAAGCUCUGUCACAGAAUCCACCAAGUAACGUAUACCAACUGUUGGAUAACAAAAAGGCCGACCUUCUUGCUACAAUAGCAUGA